CAUCAUUUUAAGCCCGUGUUCAUGGAGCACGUCUGUAGAAAAAGGAUACAUUUUGGGUUGUAAUGUCUUGCCUUGACUCCUGCUUCCUGUCACUAGUGGCACAAGUGAGGCUUUGUCAUGAGUGCCAAAGUGGACCAGGACCAGCCCAAAGAUGCAGGGGUUGCCACAGACACCAGCAAUGCUCCUUCUUCCACUGACACCCUGCCACAGAAAGUACAACCACAUGGUAGCAGCACUGCACUCAUUCUGUCUGCUGGAAAGGUGGACACUGCUCCGGCAGCUGUGGAGGUCACUAAAGUCACUGCACCUACAGACCUAGGGGCCACCACCACCGCAGCAGCACUGGCCCCUCAAGUGGGUGGAACGUGUAGUAUUGUCCAUGUUCUGGAAUGGAAAGAGGGGAUGGCUAUUCUUCCUGGCAGCAAUCUCAAGCUUUGUGUGAGUGACAGUGGGACUCUGGAGGUGAUCAGCCAAGGAGGGAAAGUUGCUUGUGCUGCUAAUCCGGUGGUUGAGGGGCCAACGCCGGCAAAGGUGACUGAGGCAGAUAACAGGCAAGCUGAGAACACUGCAGAUACAACUACCCUCAAUGCGGUCGGUGGUGCACCAGUACCAGUGAAAGUGGAGCGGCCAGUGAAAACAAGCCCUGAGCCCACAGAGAGUUCUGUGCCAUGCCAGGCCACGGAGUCCCCAGCCACCAAGAGGAGCUAUCCUGAGGAGCUGCGCAGAGAGCCGCUGCCCGAUAAGCAGGUGAGUGACGAGAGGAUUCCUGGCGGACGAGUGAUGGCCCUGGACCCUGAGCUGCUGAAGCCGAUGAAGAAGAGGAAGAGGAGGGACUACCUGAGUCCGUCAGAGGAAGAGUCCGAGAUGGAGACCAUGGAGGAGAAAAGUGAGGACUCCAAGAUGGAGAGACAACAGAACAGAUCAGGCCGAGCAGACAAUAAGCUUGAGUCUUGGACUUGGGCUCAGUAUUUAGAUGAACAGAAAGCAGUGGCCGCUCCUGCCAAACUCUUUCAAGAGUCUCAGAGGGUUCUGCUGAGCAAGAAUGAGUUUCGGCAGGGCAUGAAGCUGGAAGGGAUCGACCCUCAGCAUCCCUCCAUGUACUUUGUCCUGACAGUGGCAGAGGUGUGUGGCUACAGGUUACGUCUCCAUUUUGAUGGGUACUCGGACUGCCAUGACUUCUGGGUCAAUGCCAACUGCACAGAUAUUCAUGCUGCCGGAUGGUGUGAAAGCACUGGUCACAAGCUUUACACACCAAAAGGUUGCAAGGAAGAGGAGUUUUCAUGGUCCAGCUAUUUGAGGAUCACAAAAGCACAAGCUGCCCCCAAAGAGCUGUUUGCAAGCGCUGGUCGAACAGAUAUGGAGUGUGGUUUUGAAGUGGGCAUGAAGCUGGAGGCUGUGGAUCGCAUGAACCCCUCCCUCAUCUGCGUUGCCACGGUGACUGAUGUGGUGGAUGAUCGCUUCCUGGUUCACUUUGACAACUGGGAUGAUACUUACGACUAUUGGUGUGAUGCUACAAGUCCUUACAUCCAUCCGAUUGGCUGGUGCCAAGAAAGAGGUCUACCUCUUACUCCACCUCAAGACUACCCUGACCCUGGCAGGUUUGCCUGGGACAAGUACCUAGAGGAGACGGGCUCCACAGCUGUCCCUGCGGAGAACUUCAGAGUGCGCGCCCCUCAUGGCUUUGAGGUCCAGAUGAAGCUAGAGGCGGUGGACAAGAGAAGCCCCGGCCUCAUCAGGGUUGCCACGGUGCAGGAGGCGGAGACUCAUAGAAUAAAAAUUCACUUUGAUGGAUGGAGUCACGUGUAUGAUGAGUGGGUGGACUCGGACAACCCUGACGUCCACCCAGUGGGCUGGUGCGAGGCCACAGGUCACCCACUAAAGGCUCCCCCUUGCCAGGCCAGCAGCCAGCAGCCAGGUGCAAGAGAAACGCCGGCUGCUGGCCAGUCUAAUUUCUCCCCGCUGCCCUACAAAACCAUCAGCCACUCUCGGAACACCUCCAAGUACAGCUUCCACCACAGGAAGUGUCCGACGCCAGGAUGCGAUGGCUCUGGUCAUGUGACUGGCCGCUUCACGGCGCACCACUGCCUGUCCGGAUGCCCCCUGGCCGAGAGGAACCAGGGCAGAGUCAAAGCAGAGCUAUCGGACACCGAGGGCUCCAAACGGAACCUUCUAGUCUUUGGCCAGCGCUCCAGAAAAUCACGCUACCAUGGCAGGAUUGGGCGUCCUCCCAAGUACAGGAAGAACCAACAAAGAAACUAUCAGACGGCGGUGACGAACGAGGGUGUGUACCCGUCCCUCUUCAUGUCUGCGCUGUCGGCCCAUCAGGACCGGACUUUGUCCCUGUGCUGGGAGCAGCACUGCAAGCUCCUGCCGGGGGUCGCCGGCAUCCACGCCAGCCAGGUGGCCAGCUGGAGUGUGGAGGAGGUCUUUGGCUUUGUACAGAAUCUCACUGGGUGCGAGGAGCAAGCUAGGCUGUUCAAAGAUGAGUGUAUUGAUGGAGAGGCGUUCCUCCUUCUGAAUCAGACGGACAUUGUGAAGAUCAUGAGCAUCAAGCUGGGCCCUGCUCUGAAGAUCUAUAACGCCAUCUUAAUGUUUAAGAGCACUGACGAGGGACUCAAGUGAUCCUGAUCUGUGUGGUCUGUGUCAUACAUAAGAUGUUGUGAUGUGCCAAUAAUGCAUUUCCCAUUAUGUCCUUUUCAGGACAGAGAAUUGUUUUUAAAUCAUACUGUACAGGUCUUCAUGGGGCUCUGCUGUGAAAUGAAUAAUAAUAAUGAUGAUAAUGCUGCCAAGUUUACAGCACAGAUACAAUAAUGUGAAAUGUGAAUAAUAAUGCAGUUUUGCGCUGGCGGUAGGUGGCUACAUUUAAGCGGCUUAUUUAUGGUCGAAUGGAAUAACUUAUUUUUGAUGCACUUUACACAUUCACCCACAGGGUGGAGCAUAAUACGCAUCCUGAGCCAAUAGAAACAAAAUUGUCAAAAUUGCUAGACCACUUCCAAUGCAUUUAGCUGUUACGAGUUUAAUACAUGUCAAACUCUUUCAUUGAUGUCUGGUUUUUCGGUCAUGUUGGAAAAGCACUUAGUCAAAUCUGUUUGUUUUUUGGGGGAAUGUUCUUUGUGUAUGAGCAAAACAAGCGUUUGAUGUUUGUAGACCUAGGCUUGUUUGUGGGACCAAAUUCUCUGUGAUGAUGGAGAUAUUUCGUACCGAUGCAAUUCUUGGUUUAAAUUGUCAUUCAGUUCGCCUACUUCAGUCAAUAAAUGUUAAGUGUC